ACCGCCGAGAUUGCAACUUCCCGCCAAAAAAGUUGCCACGCCGCCACCAUUAAUUAAAAAGGGUUUCGAAUCCAUACUAAUAGACAUUUGUGAAAAAGAAGAAGCAAGGAUUAAGGAAGAGAAAGACAAAAAGUUAAAAAUUAAAAUUAAUAAAUCUAAUUUACCAGUGGUCAAGCUCACCCGAGUUCCGCCACCUAAAAAGUUACCUACUAAAAAAAUUAUUAGUGCUACGCCGUCUUCGAAAACCCCAGUCACACAUUUAGCAGGGAUGUCCCUAGUUGCUAAAAAUAAAAUAGCACAACAAAUGAAAAAGAAACAGUCCUUACCAAAAAAAACUAUUAUUAAAAGUGCUAAACCGGUUAUAGUUGAAACCAAAAUCCUAACCACGCCAAUUAAAAUUUUGGAUUGCCCUAAAGUGGAAAUCACCACUGAUUCGAACAAUAAUAAUAUCAUUCCCACUGUGAAACCUAAGAACAGUAAAAAAAACCCCCUCCAAGUAAGCAAAGCGCUGGCCCAUUUACCCUUCACCGUAGCCAAACUUCCUGGUGGGCCGUGGGUUAAAAUCCCCCUCGGCAUUCCCCGCUACAGAAUUCCAGUAAAGGGCGGCAAAUGGAAUCUCCGCCUAGACCAAACCAACGGCCACAUUCGUUUAGCAAGGAAAACAUUGUAAGUGGUAUUUAGUUAGGAAAUAUUUUUUUUUCUUUUGUAAUAUAUAUAUUUUCGGAAAAUUUUUUUUUUUUUAUUGUUAUUAAGGGAAAAAUACUUUCAUCCUUUAUUCUCUCCCUAGACGCUCAUUAGAAUUCGCUUGAUAAGUAGGGGGGAUGUAAUGAAAGUAUUCUUCUUUUUAAAUGAUUAUUCCCCGCGAGGAAUAUAUUUCUCAUUCUAAUAUAUUUCUUAUACAUAUAUAUAUACUAGACAGCUCUCUCGCUGCGAGCCAAGUAGUGAGUGGCGACGGCGCACACUUGCCGCGCCGCCGGCUCUCUCCUUUCCCCGCGAGUCCACAUACUCUCUCGCGACCAUUCUAUAUACUUGAUCGCACUUUCCCAAUUCUUCAGUUCGCCUUCGACCGGCCUCGAGGUGCUCCUCGGGCCAGACGACGGCGGCUCAACUCCUCGUUCUCUCUCGAUCUAUUUUCCACCCUUACCAUCCUAUCUUUUCACCAGGUGAGCUAGAGGUCUGUAGGCGCUCCUGCGACCCCCGGCUCCCCAGGAUUCCUAGAAGGAGUUGUAUAGGUCCUGUAGGCGCUCCUGCGGACCUAUAACACCCUUCAACCACUUUCUCCACAUCCUCUCCACGAAUACUCCAGGUCUCUCUAUAGGCGCUCCUGUGAGAGACCAGGGUAUUCCCUUUUCCCACCUGGGGAACCAGGUUACACUACACACACACAUACAUACAUCUUAUAUUUAGGACCGUCCAUGCCGAGUAGAGGCGCUCCUCUCUCGACAUAGACGACGCCCCAGGUCGACUCCCAUCUCGAGGCGCUCCUCGGAUGAGGGUAACACCUGGUGAAUUACAAACUCACAUACCUCAUUGCACUAGCUUCGCGUCGGGCACGAAUGUGGGAACCGUAUCUCACAUCUAGAAUCUUCCCGAUUACGUAAAUCGACCUCGCGUGCACGACCCUAGUUACCGUCCGUACCGUCGUCUAGGGGGUAAACUAGUAACUCCCCGCGCAAUGAAAUAUCGGUCAUCCUGACCUUUGUAAUCGGUAAUAUAGAUGUAUGAUCCGAAAUAUCUUUUCUUUUCUUUUACAGAAUUAAAGCGAGCGAGCCGAAGAUGCUUACAAGCGACACCUAGCGGUGCUAGCCAAUUCUUUCUAUUUAUCGUUAUUUUAUUUUUGCAUUGUAUAGAAUCCUUUUUUUUAUUUUAUUUUAUUAUUGUUAUACUUUAUUCUUUUAUUAUUUUGUUAAAAUAUAUCUCUUUCGAAGGUUUAAAACUACGUCUCAUCACUGACUACACCUUCCUUUCCGGAAUCACAAAUGGUUCCCACAAUGAUUCAAAAUUAACAUAGAUGGCGCUUCACGCCACCUACAAAGUAAAGUAACUAGUCAAAAUAGGUACCCGGACUCCAUCCGGCGAGCAAAUCCAUUGGCUCAAAAUACGUAUCAUUACAACUUCUUAACAAUGACAGAACCUUGAUCCAUGGCGACAGACUAAAGUUAUACAACUAUUAAAACAUAAUUUACUCGUAUUACCGAAUUUUAUAUUAAUGUGACUAAUAUAAAAUUUCAUUCCGUUAUAGGCAAAAAAAAACAAAAUGCAGAAACUACUGUUUACGACUACUUUUUUCUUCACCAUUGUAUAUUCCAACAUCAUAUUUAAACCUAUUACGAAUACACCAAUAUUCGCAGAGAACUUGGGCACUACAAGCCUUUAUCAUCGAACGUGGAAGUUAAUUAUAGGAGUGGAUACUAGUAGUAUCGAGAGUAGAUUAAUCCAAAUUCAGGAUGCCUAUACAAAGGCAGUCGCAUUAUGCCACGAAUGUGCAGAAGAAUUUGAAAUUAAUGUACUUAACAAUCGCAUACUAAGAAUGGCAGAUCUUUAGGUUACACUUCGUCAAAUAUUAGGAUUUUCUCGUACAAAGAAAGGAAUUUUAAAUAUCAUAGGAUCCAUAUCUAAGACACUUUUCGGUACUCUCGAUGAGAAUGAUAUGGAGAUUAUUAAUCAAAAAUUCGACAAAGUAUAUUCAGAUCAAAAAAUAAUUACAGAGACAAUAGGGAAUCAAACUAGGAUAAUUAAAACACUAUUAAACACAGCUUCUCACGACCUACAGCUUCUUAACCAAGAAUCAGGAUCCUUGAUUAAUCAACUUAAUAAACUAGUAAAUUCGUCAAACACUAACGCAAAAAACACUAUAAUCGCCAAUAUGCUUACUGUCUGUACAAUAGCAAUCAGUGAAUACAGCGAAGACAUUAAUUUAAUAAUAAAUGCUAUAAACGAUGGGAAACAUGGUAUUGUACAUCCUCAAAUUCUUACACCAAAUAUGUUAAUUCGAGAAUUACAACUCAUCGAAGAAGAAACUAACACCAAAUAUCCAAUUAAAUUGAUACCGCAAAAUUAUCAACAUAUCAUUGACAUAUCCGACAUAACUGUAAGCAUUACACACAAACAAUUAAUAUACAUUCUUAAAGUACCAGAAUUAGAAGAACCAGUCCUCCAAACUUUACACUUAAUUCCAAUACCUAUUCGUCAUGGAACAGGAUUCAUUGCACCAAUCCCAUCACACGAAAUCCUACUCAUUAAUCCAGAAAAAACUUUUUAUGUCCCUUCUGACACACAGACAAUGCGAAAUUGUAAAAUAUUAGAAGACACUUUUAUUUGUAAAAGGGUACAACCAACUUUUCUUAUCAGUGAAGUAGAAAACUGUGAAACUAGUAUUGUUAAACAUAGAUACAAAUCCAUUUCCGAUAAAUACUGUGAAUUUUCUGUUUUUAAAAUAGCAGAACUAGCAUUUAUACCUCUUCAAGAUCCAAACCAAUUUAUUGUAAUACCAGAAAAUGAAAUAGAAUUGAACGUUGUUUGUAACAACAAAAAUGAAAUUACAACCAUUAAGGAACCUAGUCUAAUUCACAGUAAUUCCGAUUGUAUAUUACACACUCCAAAAUCAAUAUUAAAAUUACGUAAAUCAAUCGAACAUAACUCCGAUAUCAAGUUCAAAAAAAAUAUCUCUUUUGCAAUUAGUCAAAGCGACUUAAAUUUAUUAAGCUCUCAACUACCCGUAAUACAAGAAUCAUUACAUAGAGAAAAAUUUAAUUCUCUAAAACGUAGUAUAGACACUAUGGAAGCUUCGAUUCAAAGUAUAAAAAAUAUUCGUAGAACCAAAACAUGGGUGGAAAAAAGCACAGAUAUAUUACAAUAUUUAGGAUAUACAUCAUUAGUCAUUUUAACAAUUUACUCACUUUAUAAAUCGGGAGUUUGUAAACUAUUUGCUAAAUUACUUCCUACGAACCUAUGUAUUAAUUUAUUCUGCGUCAAAACAAAUGUAAACAAUACACCAAAUGUACAGUAUACAAGUGCCCCUACGGCACCAACACCACUAGAUGAACAUCUAAAAAUCAAACCUCAAUCUAUAAGGUUUCGACCUUAGGGACUAAGGUCAAUCUAAGUUGGGGGGUGUAACGAAAUCCACGUCAAUUCUACCUUUUCUUCCCCCACUCACCAUCCUCUGAACCAUCCCUCCCACGCACCCUAAAUACAUCCUAAGGGACCUUACUUCUGUCAAGGCCCAGAACCACUAGUGUUAAUUUUAGACUUUGUAAAGAGACACGUAUCUAAAUCUACGGACUUAGAACGUGGCAUUAUUACGCUCAUUUUAAUAAAUAAAGAAUAAUACUUUGUUUACGAAUAAUUUAUUAUAAUUUACUUAUUUCUUGUAAUAAAUAAAUAAAUAAUAAAUUAUCUACGGAUAAUUUAUCAUCUGAUAAUAUUUAUUAAUUAAAUUCAAGAUUAUAAAAACCCGUCACAUUGGGCAAUUAUUAAUUUUUGAUAAAAGAUAUUUUGUACUUUGUUUAUAAUUCAUUGAAGGUUUAAUUUAGAUUCCUUUUCGGUGCAACAAAACGUACCUCAACCAGUUGCUUUAAAUAUUGAUGACAUUCAAAGGGAAUUAGCUGUGAUAAACGAUAAUGCCGUUUAUACAAAUUUAACAGCAAGUCUGAAUCAAGAAUCAGCUGAGCCUGUUUUGAAAGAAACAGACACACACCGCGGGCAACAUAAUCAGGGAAAUAAUAAUAAAGAUGAUUGGGAAACGAAUCCUCACUACGUACGAUUAAAAAAAUUAAUCGGAUGUGCCGCAACGGUGAACUUAAUUGCUCACGCCUACAACCAACAGGGGGGAUUUUUGAUAGAAAAGAGUCGAAAGAUAUUGAUACAUAAGUUUAUUGAUUUAAAAAAAAGAACUUGUUAAAGAAUUUAAAGAAGCGCCGCUGGAUGACUGGAAGUAAGCCUUAUUGUUAUAAUUAAACUACUAAAAAAAAUUCAGCUACUUACUUCACCCCAUUUAAAAUCGAAAACGGAGUCCGAAUACCGUCUACAGGAAAAGUGAAGAAUCACUUCGAUUAUGUAAAAGGUGAAUUAAGAAAACAAGGAGUUAUAAAACCAUACACUAAGAAAACGGCUGAAAAUCCUUCAGAAAGUAGACUUUGUCUUUUUGAAGAAACAAUUGAAAAUAAAAUUAAAUAUCUGGAAGUUCACUCGGACGAUGUUGAAAAAAUUAAACAAUAUUGGUCUGAAACAUACGAGGCUCGUAUGCGAAUUUUAGAAUUUCAGCGACUAAGUGUUCAUCAAUAUUGUCAGAAAUUCAAAGGCUUGAAAGAGCAAUUGGGUUUCUAUUUAAUUGAAUUAGAUUUUCAAUGUCUAUACCCUGACAAAGAGAACAACCUUCUGUUCAACUGGGUUCUGAUUAAAGAUCAUUUAAUAAAAAUUUUAAAAACAAUCAAACUUUAGUCAGAAGAUAAAACAUUAUUCGAUUUGAUAUCGAAAUUAUCGCCAGAGCAUCAAGAUGCUGUAUUGUUCCAUCUUCUCAUUUAUCUGGUUCCGACUGCAGAAGUAAAUAAAUCUCAAAAACGAAAAAGGGUUACUGCUGCUAAAAAUCAGGAUUCUGAAAAUGUGGUUCCGGAAACUAAUGAACAGAAAAAGACUUUAAAAGAAAAGCGAGAAUCUUUUAUACUGGUCAUACCGAUUUCUAACGAAGAAGAUGCAACACUGGAUAGAUUAAAAGUGACUGUUAUCGAAGAAGCUAACGUUGCAGCCACUAUUUGUGAUUGUCGGAUCGUUAAUCAAUAUAAGAAAAGUUUAUGUUGUUAUUGAUGACACAUGGUUCGAAUGUGCUUCCGUUUUACAAGCGGUUACUUUUACGUUCAAGGCUUUUUUGCUUAUCCGGUUGAAACAUAUAAUGUUUGGAACUUUAUUCAACGAGCUUUUUUUGAGAUCAAAUUACAGGGCGAAAAAGUCAGUAUAAAAACAAAAGCUCUCGAAAAACAGAUAGAAAAUCUUCUUAAAGCAUAUAGAACGACGUGAUUGCUGUCUUUUUAAAAGAAUUGCUUUAAUGGCGAAUUUUAAUUCUUGAAAAUUUUUUUUACACAAUGUUUAAGCAUUUUGGGCAAGUGUGAUUGUUCUUUUGUCAACAACGAGACUAAUAUUACUUGUAUAGUUAGUGCAUAGUUUAAACGUUAUAAUUUAUAUAUUUUUAAAAGAAUUGUUCUUUUUAUUUUUUUGUUUACAAUGUUUAAGUGUUUUGGAUGUGAAUGUUCAUUUUCCAACAACGAGACUCUGAUAUUACAUGUAGAGUUAGCGCAUAUGUAUUGGGAUACGUUUCAAUGUACGGAAUCAGAAUGUACAAAAAAGUAUGUAAAUUUUUAUUCCUAUAAAAAGCAUCGCAAUUUAAAACAUGGAGUUCAAUUACAUCCUCAUGAAACCAGUGAAACAAAUUUUUUUAAUGCGGAUUCUAAUUUUCCGUUUGCUGUUGAAGACGUAACAACAGACGAAGAGUUAUAUACUGACAGUUCUGGCAGUUCGAGCGAUGAAUCUGAAUAUUUUGACGAGGAACAAAUUGAAGAUUCCAUUUCCUUUGACGUCUCAGGAAAAUAUGGAACCAACUUUAAGACCAAAACAACGUUGUUUGCCGCUAAAUUAUAUAAAUUAAGUAGUGUGCCCAGAAAAUAUGUCAAUGAAAUUAUAAAUGAUGUCUCAGAUUUAUUUGAAUGUUACAAAAAUUCCUUUAAAAAUGAAUUUAACAACAAGGCAGCAAGCUUUUCUAAAAAUUCUUUUACUCUAUCUGAAAUCAAUGAGGUUUUUGCGGAAUUGUCAAAUCCUUUUCAUAACAUUCAAACAGAAGCUAAGCGAUGCAAGUUAUUUGAGACAAAUGGGACUUUUAUACCUCCUCAAAAUUAUAAACUUGGUGAAGCCAAAGUUAUUGUUGAAAAAAAUGGAGAAAAAAUAUCCUGUAUUAAAGAGAUUUGCGCACAAUUCAUUCCGAUCAGAAAAGUAUUGAAAUUGUUUUUUGAAUUGCCGGAUGUUCUGAAAAAUACUUUGCAGUACAUGAAUAAUGUUCAAGAAAAUAAAAUCGUGAUUCAAAACAUUAUUCAAGGAUCUUUGUAUCAGGAGAAAGUUAAAGCCUUUAAAGAUAAGACUCUUUUACCUGUAAUUCUAGCAUUCGACGACUAUGAAACUAACAACCCUUUGGGCAGUCACAAAGGUAUCUCUAAAUGCGGUGCAACAUACUUAAGUUGUCCUGCACUUCCUCCCGAUUUGCGAUCAAAACUAGAAAAUAUCUUUUUGUUUUUGUUGUUCAAUACGAAACAUCGUGCGCAAUACAUAAAUAAAAUUAUUUUCAUGAAAGCUAUGGAAGAACUAGAAUUUAUUCUACAUGAGGGCAUACCGAUCACAGUUGACAAUGUUACAAAACAAGUCCACUUUCUCUUGAUUUUAAUUUACGAAGAUAAUCUUGGAAUAAAAUCAAUUUUCGGAUAUGCUGAAAGUUUCCAAGCUACCUACUUUUGUUGGCAUUGUUUAACUCGACGUAACGAUAUACAGUUUGUGUUUAAUGAACGAGAUUGUAAGCUUAGAAAUCGCGAAAAUUAUGAUGAACUUUUGGCAAAAAAUGACGUUUCACUUUCAGGGAUUAAGGAAGUCUGUGUUUUUGAUGAAAUGUCAAACUUUGAUCAUAGAGAAAGUGUAUAUGUAGAUCCUUUACAUGAUGUUCCAGAUGGUAUAUUGAGAUACGAUGUAGCAGAGUCAUUAAACUAUUUCAUAUAUAAAAAAAAGUAUUUUACAAUUGCCAAUUUAAAUCUUCGACUUGCUGGUUUUAAUUAUGGUGAUAAUUAAAAUUCAAAUAAGCCUAUGCCUCUUUCGGAGCAACAAAUUAAAAAAGGAUGUCUCAUUAUGUCAGCUGCUGAGAUGAUGAAUUUGUUUCGAAACCUAUUUCUCCUGAUAGGACCGUUAUCGUUCCUGAAGAAGAUCCUCAGUGGCAAUUACUUAUUAAAUUAAAAGAAAUAGUAGAGAUUAUUUUCAGCAAAGUUAUCGGUUCUGAAACAUACAAGUUUCUUGAUACAGAAAUAACAGAAUAUUUGACUGAACUUUCGAGAUUGCGCCCUGGUUCUUUAAAACCUAAGCACCAUUUUUUAAUUCACUACCCGCGAGUGAUGAAAGCAGUUGGUCCUCUUGCAGCUUUGAGCACAAUUCGUUUUGAGGGAAAACACAGAGAGGGGAAAGUUGCCUCUCAUGUCUCCAUUUGUAGAAGAAAUGUUUGUCGCACUAUAGCUGUGAGAAGUCAGCUUAUGCAAAAUUUCCGAUUUUUGAAGAAAAAUGAUGAUCAUGCGCCGUUUAGAAGCGGCCCGAGUCGAGUCAAAUCGUUCUUUGACUUGCCUGAUUCUGUACACUUUUUGCAUUUGCUUACACCCCUUACGAAAAACAAGUUUAGCGUAACGAAAUGGAUACAAUGCAAUGGUCAUAAAUUAAAACCUGGUCACGUUGUUGUUCACUUUUUAGAAAAUGGACCGAUUUUUUACUUGGUUGAUGCAAUGUUAAUCGUAGACGAGACAUUUAAAAUAAUAGCUAAACAGCUCCACGAUUGUUAUUUCAUUGAACAUUUACAAGCAUUUAAAGUUUUCGAUGAAAGCUGUUUCUCUUAUUGCCUUCUGCAAAAGGACGACAUUGAUUUUAAUACAAUUAUCACUAUGAGAAAUAAAAUAAGCGACGGUUUUAAUUACAUUGUUAAAACUUGGAUGUAAUUUAGAAUUUUGUGAAGGUAAAUUGUGUUAAAAUAAUUUUUAAUGCACUUGCAAAAUAAACGACGUUGUAAAAUAAAUUUUAUAAAAAUUUUGACAUUUAUAGUUGAAAACAAAAAUAAAUUUUUCAUAAUUUAUUUUAUAUAAUUUUUUUUUGAAUUAUUGAAAUUUUGUUAGCUUUGCUACAUUUACCU